CGUCAUUGGACCCUGCGCAAUCUGAACCAAAAUACGAUGGCUAGUGGCUAUACCUCAUCUGUUUGUAUCAUGGAUAUACCUUACUUAUACACAAUCCGUGACAAUAGCAUGGUUAAGUCCAAUUUGGUCUAGAAACACGAAGAAGUGUAGAAAAUAAUGUAAAGAAAAUGUAUUCGAUGGACAUUCCUUGAACCGAUUUUGCGAUUGUUCUAUAUUUUUCUGUGCAUCGUUAUCUUUAUUUCCUCAUCUAGAGGCUACUGACAGCCGGUUAACAAAUACAUCAAUAGUCAAAAAUGAGAUUAUCAGUUUUUAAAAAUCAUGAUAAUCUACUUCUUGUGGGUGAAGGCAAUUUUUCCUUUGCUGUGAUGUUGGUUGAAUAUAAUUUGAACGUGACUCUUACAGCUACAUGUUAUGAGCCUAUUGUAACAUCAGAAAUUGGAAAGAAAAACAUAGAGUACCUUAUGAAGAAUGUUGGUAUUCGAGUAUUGUUAGGUGUUGAUGCAACCAAACUAAACGAACACCCCAUAUUGAAAAAUGAAUAUUUUGAUAAGAUCAUAUUUAACUUUCCUCAUGUUGGAGUGAGAGAUUCUUGAAUCAAAAUGGGCAGGUUUUAGUUACUCUAUGUAAUGGCCAAGGUGGUACUCCGGCAGAUUCUCCACAACGACGUUGGGAUGAUUCUUGGCAAAUUACUGAAAUAUGUACUAUUUAAGACAAUUGGGUACGUGGUCAGUAAUAAGGAAUGUUAUUCGAAAAGAAGAAAUGCUUUUCCACAACACUAUGAUACCAGUACCUGUAUCUCGGCCUGCACGUAAUAACAAUGACAGAACGUUUCACAAUGCACAAUGUUUUCAUAAACAGCGAGAAACUCCUACACCUCUAAGAAAUAUUAAACCAAAGUCUGAUAAGAAUACUGCACAGUUCUUUAGGGAUGUGAAACAGGUGAGAACUGUUGGAGGAAAAGGAGGUGAUGGUGCCAUUUCUUUUCUUCGGCUAUGGGUGAAUGAUCGUGCUGGUCCAGAUGGUGGGGAUGGUGGCCACGGUGGUCAUGUGAUUUUUGAAGUAUCUUUAGACGUAAGAGAUUUCGUGAACGUGAAAACUGUUAAUGAAGCUCCUCCUGGAGAAAAGGGCUAUUCCAAAGAUUGCUGUGGAAAGAAUGCAAAUCAUAACAUUAUUAAAGUACCACUUGGUACCAUAGUACGUUCUGUUGAUGGUACCGUAUUAGCAGACUUAGAUACACCAGGAAUGAUGUUUAUUGCUGCUCGUGGUGGUGCAGGUGGCCACGGAAAUGCAUUCUUCGCAUCGGAAACUCAACAGGCACCUCAGAUUUCUGAAUAUGGUGCCCAUGGUGAAGACUGUCAAUAUCUAUUAGAACUGCGAAGCAUGGCUCAUGUAGGACUGAUCGGUCUACCAAAUGCUGGAAAGAGUACUUUGCUUAGGGCAAUAUCUAGAGCUAGACCUAAGGUUGCUCCUUAUCCCUUCACAACUUUGAAACCUCAUAUCGGUAUGGUGCAGUAUGAUGAUUAUGAACAAGUAGCAGUUGCUGAUUUACCAGGACUUAUAGAAGACUCCCAUAAGAAUAAAGGUCUUGGCAUAAUGUUUUUAAAGCAUGCUGAACGGUGCGCAGCUUUGCUAUUUAUUCUAGACGCAAGUCAGGAUAAACCGUGGAACGAUUUAGAAAUUUUGAAAUAUGAGAUUAAUCAAUUUAAUCCAAAAAUGAAUGAGAGACCUAUGAUUGUUAUUGCGAAUAAAAUGGAUCUGCCGGAAGCUGAGGAGAACUUGACGUUGCUGAAGGAAAAGACAAAUAUUCCCAUUAUUCCAAUAUCUGCGAAAAAUGGAAGCAACUUGUCGACCUUAUUAAAAGAAAUUCGAAUAAUAUAUGAUAAUAAACUGAAAGAGACUUCCGGCGAUGAGCACCAAGUUUCUUUAUAAAAUUCAAUAGUUAUACAGUUAAGUAAUAAAUUCAUGUAAUUCCAGAUCCUCUUUAA